AAAAAAUCCUUGUGUUAAGUUAGCUGCAGUUUCCUCUUAGAAAACACCUUUCAAAAUAGAAUAGUACAAAAAGUAACAAAUCGCUGCUUGCAAAGACAAGAGAUCUGCACCUCAAUUAGUAUUCUUGUCAAAUUCACCAAGUGAAUAUAAAAACUGCUGAAUGAGGCACUUGUACAUAUUUUUAUCCCCUUCUUCGGCUACUGACUUGGGUAAUGAAGUGUAGAUGUGGCUGUUGCAUGCCAGUUGGAAGGGGGCCAAAGCAGAGAUGUUGUUUGUACAUGUGCAGAUGUUGGCAGGAUUCCCCGAACUCCUGUUGUCAAAAGAUGUUUUUAUUGCCACAGUGUUAUAAAUAUAUCUGUUACAGCAUGGCGUGCAGAUAUUCUACUGGUAACAUGAAGGUGUGCACUUCUGAAUAAACCAGACUGCUCCUAGGAUUUCUUGUCUGAAAUGAAAUUCAGUGUACACAGUGCAGGAACCAUAAUAGAUAUAUUUGAAAGAUCAGUGUCUAAAGCUGUACCUCGAAAAUCAGUUUAAUCCAUUGCAUAAAUCACUGCUGCUGCUGGAAAGGAAAAGUCCCCUUAGCUCCUUCUCUCUUCUGCACUCGGCUGUUGAGGCCUUCUCUCUUCCUCUCACCAGUACAUCCCAGCCUGUGAUGAUAUCGAUCAGGCUCUGAGCCAAUGGAGCACCAGCCCAGCAAGUACCAGCCUUGCUUUCCUAAUGAUGUGCAGGGGAUUGAAAUGAGUGUGCUUGGUGGGUUGGAAGGGAGGGACACCUUUGCUUCCAAUGGUAGCACAUCCUUUGCCAGGUUCAACUGCUUGUGGUUGAAUUUGUGUUUGAAAAGGGAGGCAGAGUCAUAAGCAGGGCAGGACUGGAACAUAGAAAAGGAGAACCACGGAAAAGAAAAAGAGUGGGGUGGUCCAAAGUAAUAUUUAAAUAAAAAUAUUUAAGCAUCAUUGAGUUGCGUGCUGAUACAAUGCAGCAAUAUGAAAAUGUCAUGCACAUUUGGUGAAAUUAGUUAAGCCUGUGCUUAUCAGGAAAUAGAAUCAGGUAACUUUUCUCCAAUUUAAAGAGAAGUUUAUAUGAUGUAGGUAAAAUAAUUUCAUUUGAUGGAAAACAGCCAUUUGCUUCUUAUUUUGUUUUGGUUCAGGGCUGAAUACAGUCAUGAUAAAUGCACAUGAAAUACCCCUUUGGUGACAUUUAUUGAUACCACAGCCAUGUUUUUAUUAUAUAGUCUGCUUAGAAUAAGUAAGGAAUACUGAAUUAGCACAUACUUCAGUUGUUGGAAGGUUAUUUUGUUAACCACCAAACAAGUAAAAAUGCCCCCAAAAUCCUCUUAACUCUGGAAUGUGACACUUGACCUGAACUGGCAGAUAUUUGGCUGUACUUACCACCUUCAUUAAUUGCCCUGAAUCCUGCAGGUAAAUAAGCCUGGAGGCUGGAUAAUGUCUUCCCUAUUGCAUGGUAGAUUUAAUUACUGAGAGAGAUUUAGUUCUGCUGAGUUAUGUGGUAUCACAGCUUGAAAAUGCCAUACUGGUCUCAAAUCUGUGAAAUUAGUUCUGUAUUAUUGUCAGGAUUUAUCACAACCUGUUUUGCUUGCGUGAGUAGAUCACAUGAUAAAAAUAGAGUUGACGUUCAGACAUACAGACACGUCAAAAACUUUGAACCUAUUCUGUAAUUAACAUGGCUCUUUUGCCCAACCAAGAAGGGUGGUUCUUUGCAGUGGUAAACAUGGUUACUUGCCCAGAAAUUGUCUUCUACGCUUUGCCACCUUAGAGGGCAGCUUCAUGCCUUUUUGCCAUAAAAAUGGCAAACGUUGUCAAUUAUGUAUAUUAAUUAUGAUUUUAGUUUCUUCACGUGUACUAUAUAGACAAGGUUUGUUAUAUUAGGCACUUCUUCCCUGCAUGGUCUUGUAGUUCAGAUCCGUCUACAUGAGGUGUUUCCUUCCAGUCUCUUUCCCCAGUUUACAAUAAAUGUUUUCUUCCAUUGUGGUUUCCGGGAGGUAUAAAGCUUUCAUGCAUCCUGAAACGCCACCAUGCUGUUCACCCCAACUGUGGUAGAACCUUUGCUACAUCAUUGCUGCAGAAUUGGUCAUGAGUUGUGUCUGGUGACAUGAUAGCAAGAGUUUUCCAUCUGAUGAGGGUUGGCCAUUCGCAAAGUACUUGGGAGCGUGCGGAAGAAUGGUGGCUGUCAACUAUGUGGGAGAAGAGCUGUGGAGUUACUUUAAUGCACCAUGGGAGAAGCGAGUGGAUCUGGCCUGGCAAUUAAUGGAAAUAGCUGAGCAGCUGACAAAUAAUGACUUUGAAUUUGCACUCUACCUCCUUGAUGUCAGCUUUGACAACUUUGCAGUGGGACCAAGAGAUGGAAAAGUUAUCAUUGUAGAUGCAGAAAACGUUCUGGUAGCAGACAAAAGGUUGAUCAGACAGAAUAAACCUGAGAACUGGGACGUGUGGUACGAAAGCAAGUUUGAUGACUGUGAUAAAGAAGCUUGUCUGUCCUUCUCUAAAGAGAUUCUUUGUGCUCGUGUCACUGUGGACCACAACUAUUACGCCGUUUGUCAGAACCUUUUAUCCAGACAUGCCACAUGGCGAGGCACUUCAGGGGGGCUCCUCCACGACCCCCCAGCUGAGAUUGCCAAAGACGGGCGCCUGGAAGCCCUGCUGGACGAGUGUGCCAACCCAAAGAAAAGAUACGGUCGAUUCCAAGCCGCCAAGGAACUCCGGGAAUACCUUGCACAACUGAGCAACAACGUGAGGUAGUCCACAGUGAAAUUCUUUUGCAACACUGGCUAAAACACUAUUGCAAAGACACAUAGAAAAAAGAAGCUUUGGACUCAUGUGUUAAAAAGAGAGAAUAAAAAACCCUAGUUUAUCAGUUUUCUAAAUACUGUAAAAAUAGCAUUUUAUGGUGUUAUAAUGUUCCUUUGCAAACAAACAAGGUACUUACUGAAUUAAAACUUGAGCUACUAUUGACUUUCGUCCCUAACUGUUUGAAAGGGAGUAGGUCACAAAAGACUGUGAUAGCUUAAUUGACAGCUUGUAUGUCAAAAGGUACUUUACAUAAAACUGCAUUAGUGUCACAGUUUUGUGAAACUGAUGUUUUUACUUGGAAAGUCAAGUUAGACUGGCGGCCUGUUUUAAAGGCCUUUUUCCUGACAUCAUUGUCUCAUUUUUGUGUUUGUUUAAACACCUUGAAGUGGCAUUUACAUCCAGGUAAAUCUAGCUGUCUGCAUUGUUUCAAACUGAACAGGCUUUCACAUCAAUGCUGUGCAGAACAUUCCUACUGUGAGUGCAGGAUUCUGAAGUUUACUGUCUAAUUUUAGGGGGUUUUACACUGUAUUUUACCAUGCUUAGACAUCGUGGUUUGUUUUUUUGAGAUCAUCAUAAACUCAAAUUUCACUUGAACUAACAUUUGUUUAAUGUCUUCUGUGGUUCUGCUGUUGGAAAUAUCACUUAAUGUAACUAUUGUACAAAACUUCCCUUCGUGCCAGUAUAUACUGAUGGCUGUUUAACAGGAAAUCAUGGUAUGAGCAAACUCUUAUUUUUAACAGAGAUAAUUUGAAAAUUGGAAAGACACUACAAUAAAAAGUUCAGUAUUAAUUUGAA